GCCAAGGCAGAAUGCUGUUCCGUCUUGAUUUGUUUGUUCAUUUCGUUUCCCCUUCUCUCAAACAUUCCGAUAAUUACUUUCUGGCAUGCGGAUACCAAGCGCCAUAGGCCCACUCCGCUGUGAAGCCGAGAGAUCAUAUAACUGUUCCGUUCCUGUCACCAUGGAGGCGGUUUCUCUUCCCUCCCAAGCAAGCCUUUGAUUCCAGCGCUCCGUUCAUACCUUCGUUCUACCGUUCGAACUUUUUCGACCCUCACAUUCUUUUCAUCUGUGCGAUCUGUGAUCCACGACACUCUUUCAAAAUGCUUUCCAACGCUGCUAUUAUCGCUUCGCUGCUUACAGCCGUUUCUGCACACCAGAACUUCCACCAAUUUUGGGUCAACGAUGUUUCUCCAGGUGUUGACACUGGUAUUCGUAUGCCACCAUCCAACAGCCCUGUGACCGAUAUAACAUCAAAUGAUAUCACUUGCAACGUUGGAGGAAACACCGUCCCCUCAAAAGUUAUUACGACCGAGGCCAACGAGGGAGACACAAUCAAGGUCAAAUGGGACAGCUCCACCCACCCGGGUCCCAUCACCCACAUGCUUUACGGUCCUGUCGAUGAUGCAUCCAUGGCUACUGGUAUUGGAUCAUGGGUUAAGAUUGACGAGUUUGAUUCGGAGAAUGGAAUAUGGGCAAACGAAAUAAUGAUGGCUCAGGACAUGACCUACAGCUUCAAGUUGCCAACCGGCCUUGCCAGUGGCGAGUACUUGCUCAGAUCCGAGAUGCUUGCUCUCCACGGCUCUCAGACAAUCGGUGGUGCGCAAUUCUACAUUGGUUGUGCGCAAUUGAAGAUCACCGGUACUGGUUCAGCCGGUUUGUGUACCCCAGAGAUCCAACUUCCUGGAGCAUACACGGCUGAGGAGCCCGCCAUCUAUAUCCCGAAUGUCUACAAUGGCUUCGAGAUCUCUUCUUACAAGGCUCCUGGAGGAGAGGUUGCGGUCUGCGGAUCUGGAUCUGGAUCUUCGCCGGUCGCUCCAUCUGCCGCUCCUAUCGCCGUCUCCACUGCAACUGUUUUCCCAGUUCCAGCUUCCUCAGACGUUGCAUCCGCUUCGGCCGAGCCUAUAAUCACAUCCGCAGACUCAGUCACCAUCCCAACCGGCCUUCCAACAAGUUCUAUCGUGGUCGAGGAGACGUCUUCCGCCGCCGGUGUUAUUACCUCAGAAGCUCCUGUUGUUGAUGCCCCAGCCGUUACCAGCACCAAGAAGUCCGCCUGCAAAGCAAAGACAUCCACCGCAGCCGGCAUAGCCACCUCUGCCCCAUUCUCCAACUCUACCACCCCCGUCAGCACUCGCAAGUCGGCAUGCAAGGCGAAGACCUCCACUGCCACACCUGUCAGCACAAAGAAAUCAGCUUGCAAGGCUAAGACCUCGCUUGGAGCCGCAGCCAUCACUGACUUCGCUGGAUUGAACGUUCACGCCGCCGCAGCAACCGCCACAACUUUCCAAACUGCCACCCGACCUGCACCAUCGAGUGUUCCAGCUGAGACUAGCGUAGCCUCUCGCGAGAAUUCUGCUCCUCCUCCCGGUACAACCCUUGAUACCUUGCUGUCUUGGUUGUCAUCUUUCUACACUGCCAACAAGGGUACCAGAUACAACGCUGACACCGCCAUCUAAUUGCUCAAAGAGUGAAAGGGCUUGUAUAGUGAUGGGGACACGGUGAUCCCGCCUCACGGAUCUGUAUAUAGGUGUGAUGGGAGCAGGCCUUUGUCAGCGAGCCGUCGAUUCUUUGUAAAUAACUUUUUGGAUUCUUCUUGUAGACAUACUGUUCAUGAAAUAUACUAUGUAUAUGCUCAAACUA